AUGGACUUCCUCAAGAAUAUAUGGCAUACUCUACCCUCCAAGUAUCAGGACUGUCUGGGUCUUAUCUAUCCCAAGUUGCAAGGAAAGCUGCAAAUUGCGGUUCAAGCCGUCGAAAAGAUCUUAAAGAAACAUGCGCCGGACAAAGGUUCUCUGGGCUGGUCAAAGCGCCUGUUGUACACCAUGCGACUCAAAGAAACCAUCGAGAGAACCAUCGAAGAUGUGAAUGAAUGGCAGAGGAUAUUCGAACCUACAUGGUUUUUAGUACUGAGGGUCUCAGACUCAGCGGUCCGUACUGAGCUCCGUCGCAAUGCUCAAUCCUCUUCAGCUCUUACCCCAAGCUACCAUCUCUGCAAUUCAUUAGAGAAUAAAGUCAAUGAAGAUAUAGGAAUAACUCUAUCGGCCAAGAUUCUUCAAGGUGCACAGCGUUCAAAUAUCACAUUCUCGGAGGCCUCUCUGGUUGUUAUCCCAGGGAAAAGACCUAUUCUCAUCGAUUCGGCAGAGUGUCAGACAUCCAAUAUAUCGGCAUUCACUAAGGACGUCCGAUACUUAGCGCAGAGGCUUCGAAAUGCUGACCCACUCGUCUUCCAAAUCCUCAAUUGUGGCGGUAUAAUCCACGCUAAAGACACCCCUCAACAUAUAUCCCGUUUCGACUUCGUCUUUCAGAUCCCUAAAGGCAUGGGACGACCACAGACCUUACGACAACUACUCCUCACAGGCUGUCAAACUUAUCCUCUCAGCGACCGAGUGCGUAUCGCAAACCAGCUGGCGAAAUCGGUCAGUUUCGUCCACAUGUACAGCCUUGUACAUAAGAAUAUUCGACCCGAAACCAUCAUGAUCCUCGAAGAUGGACAGUCGGAGCUGGGCUCACUUUUUCUGACCGGAUUCAAAAUCUUCCGUAUGGUGGGUGAGCAAUCGGGGCGAUUGGGGGACUCGGACUGGGCACGAAACAUCUACCGUCAUCCGCGGCGUCAAGGUCUAUAUCCCGAGGAGGACUAUCGCAUGCUGCAUGACAUUUAUAGUCUCGGCGUUUGUUUGCUGGAAAUUGGACUCUGGGAAUCCUUGGUCCAAUACGAAUCUUUCUCGAAUCAUGGGGAGAUGUACCUGUACCCGAACAAAGUCUUUCAAGCAAGCGGCACCAACCCACCCAACGUAUAUGCCAGUAAAGCACUAUUCGAGGAUCUCGCCAAGAACGUGCUCCCAGCUAAGAUGGGGAAGAUUUAUGCGCAGGUCGUGUUGACUUGUCUUACCUAUUACGAUGAGGAGCAGGAUGCUAUAGUGGAGGGUGUGACAUAUAUCGAAAGAGUGAGUUUUGACUUAUGA